GCGGUGUUUUGAGUGGAUGUCAUUGAUUCGUAACUGCAUCGUGUGAGGAGCGGUGGUGCAGCGGUUAGCGCUACGAACCCGGUGACCAGAGUUCGAUUCCCGCUCACGGCCAACACGGGUGACGAUUAUUUCAACCGGUCCUGGGCCUCCCCUAGGUCGACUCAGCCUCAAACGCGUAACUGGUGUGCUGUGUGAACAUCGUCACUGGGGUGACAAAGUCGGCCGGGCGUGGUAAAGCUAGUACCAAAUAAAUUAAACUGAAAACUUAAAUUUUAAUCGCAACGGUUCCAAGAGUUACCCUUGCAAAAGUAUGUUGCGAGGAAGUCGUACUUCGACGUUUUUUUAUAAUCGUGAACACCAAGUCGAUUGCCCCUGACAAGAAUGGACAAGCGACUGAUGCGCCAGGCGGAACACAUUUGGGGAGCACUGGAUGAGCUAGCCAUCUCUGACCCCACCGCCUACAAAAAUUUCAUCCAGCACCAGCUGAAAGGAGCUCGCAUCCCUUCCUCCGCAGCCAUACCUGAUCCCCGGCAACCAGCCGUCGAGAAGCUCCGGGCAGUCGCAGCCCCGCGUGGGACAUUUCCAGCAACGAUUCUCACGCGACCGCCUGGCGAAGAAGAGGAGGGCAUCGGCGACGGCGAGGAGGGCUCCCGGUUGGCACUGAAGCUCACCGCUUCGCCCGCAUGUAAGAGGAGGAACAAUGGGAAACUGCUGAUUGAGGAACUGCCCACAUCUCCGCCGGAGAGGCCAGAACCCACGCCAAUUGAUUGCACGGAAGCCGGGCUUGCGAAGGAAAGACUGCAGGUGCAGGAACCCAAGCACACCGUGCAUCUGGAGGAAAGCGAGGACUGUGCUCCUCGAUACAUAGUGACCGUCUCCCUCCCGGAUGUAACCACCAUCAACGACUGCAACCUUGGCAUCAGCUUUGACGACCUGCUACUGGAGGUGCCAGGAAAAUACCGCUUGCACGUGACCUUCUCUCGACCAGUCGUUGACGUCGCUGGGUCCGCCAGGUUCUCGGCCAGAACGCGGACGCUCACCGUGUCGUUGCCUGUUGCCACGACAACAACCACCUGAGAAAUGACCGCCGCUUCCGGCCCAAGCUGCUCAUAUCAGGAAGACAGCGACAGCAUUGCUAGAUGCGCAAAAUUACACAAGUUUGGAAGAAAUAUUCGUAGAUUAUGUAACACUUUCUAACAUGCAAUCAAUUCUCAGAAGUAUACAAUUAGCAGUGCUGUUUAUGCGAGUGAUGCGUUGAAAAGAAAGGGCACACAAAGCAAAAUUGGCAAGCAUAGUCCAGACAGUCAUCCAGCCCACAAUGCACCAGACCGGACAACUAUCUGCCUGCCAAGUAGCGCACACAGUACACAAGCAAUAUUGUCCCACGCCCGACUGCAUAGCCAUAUAUUAGUGAAUUCAAAUCGCAUGCAGCGAAUUUGUUGUCGAAAUAGAUUAGUCACGUAUAUGCCAAAUCGCAUAAACCGAACCUGCAUACAGUGAGAGAAAUCUGUACAGACGCUAAUGUUUAGCUGUCUGGGUAAAAUGUGUUGGCAUAUUCUUGGUUCUUUCGGUAAAGUCACGUAAAUAAAAAGCAAAAAAUUAAAAUAUAAAAAAUAAGAAAAUGUUAAAAUAAUAAAUUGUUAUUAUUUGUAUUUUUUUUCUAUUUAUGUGACUUUACCGAAAGAACCAAGAAUAUGAAUUUGUGCAGUCACGAAAGUAUAAAGUGUAAACCUGUUUGCAUAUUCGAUAAUAUUGGUUCAGACUCCCAGAGGUGUGGGCUAUGUUAUGGUUAAUGAAAAAGGACUGCAUUGAUUACAGUUACGCUGUAUGCAAUUGAGCAACGGCUUGGUCUGUUAGUGCAAUCAUAAAUAUAAUUCAACUCGGAAAGGGACUUCUACAGGAUAUAAUAGACUUGUUAAUGUUACCAUGCAAACACAUUUGGCAGAGCAUGAUUCUCAAUUCAUCACAUUCCAUAUAGAAAAUACUAUUCUGCUCUGUCGACUAACCGCACCAUCUAGAUGCUAGACGAGUCAAUGUUGCUAUUUUCUUGAGUAUCGAAAAUACGGAUUGUGACUAGUUAAUGGGAACUUAAGCACAGUUGUGUAUUUUAAAAAUGUAACAUUUGAACAAAUGCAUUGAGGUUUCAUAUAUAUUUGUAAGCAUUCUAGGAAAUAGUACUCUGGAAUAUGAAGGUCGUUUGCUCUGAAAUAUAAUCGGGUGGCAUGUACGGUAUUGCCACGAUGUUAAUUUCACGGUACGAUUAAUUAAAUAUCACGAUAUGAUGAUUAUC